AUAAUCAAAUACACAAAUAAAGGUGAUAUUGUCCAUAUUACUAUAGUCCCAUUGGAAUAUACAAUCCAAUUACAAUUUUACACAUUUCAAAUCCAAAUUAUGUAUAUUAUAAACUGCUCAUUUAAUAACCUUAAGAGUCAAAGGUCCUUUCCUAGGUUGCUUGAUAAGGAAGAGUGGAAUGAUGGUCUCAACUGUAUGUGUAAUACAAAAGUAGAUGAUAUUGCAGAUAAGAGUAGCACAAGGGCUAUCCAAGAGUGUCCUACAGUAGGAAGACUAUAG